CCGUCCGUCGAGGUGGCCGCGUUCUGUUUGUCAAAAAUGUACGCGAACGAAUUUUGAAUUAUUUUUGUCAAACGCCAUAUUGUUUUUAUAGCCGAUAAUUGUCAUCCGAUUAUACAGCCAGUGUAUUUUUAUUAGAAUAAUAAGUUUUGUGUAUUAUUACGAUAGUUAUAUUUAAUUGUUAAUAAACUAAUGUAUAGAUAAUUCGUUAGUGGCAAAUCGAACAGUGAUCGCUGCUGUGAAAAAAGUGCGCGUAGAUAUGUUUAGUGAUUUAAAAAUAGGUUCGCUUGAAAAAUAACUGUUUUGGCGUUCACAAUGCAACAUCUUGUUUUUUUGUUGCAUUCAAUUAUUUUGAAUAGAAAAUGUGAUUUGUGAAUGGUGUUUGGAUUACCGAAAUAAUAUGGAGAAACCAUCGUACAAGCUGGUAGGAGCGCCAUGCGGUCAACAUGGUCAAUACACAUUUUACAAAGCGCUGAGAUUGACUGGACCUCUGGAAAGGAUCAUAGCCAUAGGGGACUUCUUCUUCGUCAGAGUGUGGCAGGAUUCUGAGCUGGUGUCCAUUGGGGAACUGCAGCUGCUCUGGACGGACCGCGUCUCCGACCAGACCCUGGUCUCCCUGCGCCUUUACUUCCUUCCUGAGAACACGCCUGAUGGCAGGGGACAGCAUGGCCAGGACGAAGUACUCGCAAUCAACGACAAAGUGGUCCUGCGUGCUGAGGACCUCCUCUCCUGGGUGUGCUCCGGUACGGGCUGGCGCUGGGGGCUCCGCGCAGUAUGGCGGGGCGCGUGCGCUCCGCCCAGUGAGCCGAAGCAUACUGCGCCAUUGCAUCAUACGAGACUGGACUUUAGUGAUGUUGAGAGAGAGAAGAGUGCUAUGUCACUAGACACCGACAGUCCAGGCGUCGUAGUAUUCUCCUACCCCCGCUACUGCAGAUACCGUGCACUAGCGGCCAGACUGGACGGCAUCCAAUCCGCCUGGCUGCGGGACUCGCUGGUGGCCGCGCUCGGCGGGUACGCGGCACCCACCAGUAAUACCCGGAUACUGUACUGCAAGGACACCUUCGAGUACCCAGAACUGGAAGGCCACGAGUUCGUAUGCAACCAUCUCGCGCCGAAACUAAAAGGACGACCACGUGGUCGGCGGCGGGCACGGGCGCGGUCGCGUGACCGUGACCACGACCCUGACCGUGACCGUGACUCGCGGUCGAGUGACAGUGACGUCACGCCGACGGAGCCGAGGACACCACGCCGAGUAUCCCUCCGAAACGGCGGCGACAAACAGAGUGAAGAAGAAGACGAAACAGAGAGCAGAGUGGCGGAGAGAGAAGAUAGAGAUAGAGAGGAGAGAGAAGAGAAGAGACCGGAUAGAGACGAGAAGAGACAGGAGAGCGUGAAGGAUGAAGAGUUCCUACAGCAGUUGAGAGAGUUUUAUAAAGACAGGAGUUAUAUGAAGAUUGCGCAUACGAAAAAUAUAUCCCUCCGCAAAUUAUACGGACGGGUUAGAUCUUGUGGCGGCUACGAAGCGGCGUGCAGAGGGCGGGUUUGGAAGUUACUGUAUGGAGGUCUAGCGCCGAGGGCUAGGAGGCUAUAUGAGAGAUUCCUGCUUCUCUUCGAGAACCAUCAACGACGGGAAAACCCAAAACUCUUCCCCAAAUUAAACGGCAAAAUAGACGAACCAAAAACCAUAGACACGAUAGACGUCACCGACUCGCCUCUACGCGACAUAGACAACAAAACCGACUUGCCAGAAAAGAGGUUACGCACUCCAAGCCCGAAAGCCGACGAAAAACUCAUUUUGGACAAUGAAACUGGGGAAUUACUAAAAGAGGACAUGAAUAUUACCUCAAAACCCGCGGAGGAGUUAAAUAGGGAGUUUCUAGAGUCGCUAACAAAGGAGAAGGAAGAGGAAAAGGGGGAAGAUGAGGGAAAGAGGGGAGAGGAGGGAAAGAGGGGAGAGGAGGGAAAAGGGGAGGUGAAGAUAUCGGUGAAGCCGGUGGAAAAGUUGAUAGAUGUGGGGGUUGAAGAUAGGAAAGAUGGCAAAGAGUUUCUAAAUGAACUCGCGCAGAAGUUGCAUUUAGGUAAUUCAGACACGACAAUACUAAAGGAGCUAUCAGACGCGCAGAGUAGCAUUGCUUCGAACGCAUUAACUAGCCUAUCGACUUUAAGUGAGAAAUACGCAGUAAACGGCCAUAAUUCAGUCACAGCAGUUAAUUUAGAUCAGCACAAAGCACGUCCGGCCGGCCGCAGCUCGCUGCGAGCUGUGCGCGUCAAACCGACCCGACCGCACCAACCGAACAACACACCCCCACAACCAGCAGUUCGCGUAGAAGCGUCCCCACCACCACCGGCCCCAGUCACCAACUUUGGUAUUCACCACCCCGCACCACCACCCCCACAUAGUGAUGAUGAAAUCGUUGAGGUACCAUACAAACCAAAAACACCAGAAAUCAUAGACUUAGACGAGUACCCGGAGAGUCCACAGAGCGUCAAGAAGAAAAAGCUGGAAAUCCUCAAAGAACGGGGUUUAGAAGUUACUGCCGUACCACCGACCCCUAUUUGGCCGACACCCCUAGCAACACCUUUGACCCCCAUAACCCCGUUAAUAAACCCCGCGCCUAUUAUUCUUAACCCCGCAGUACAACAUCAAAUAAUGACGCAAGCGCAACUAUUCCAAAUGUAUAAUAUUAUCCCACCAAAUUACGGUAAUGGCCUUCAACCCCCAAAAGUUAUUCAAGCCACCAGCGCCUUUGGAACAUGUGGGCCAGAGAAAACAGUUUACGGCAACCCCAAAGACCCCUUCAUGCCGCCCCCACACGUGCUCCAAGGAACCCCCAUCAAACCCCAAAGGGCCAUACAACCCUCUGUACCGACCCCUCAAGAUAUCCUCGACCUAACUUGCAAAUCCCAAUCUCCGCCCCCACAAAAACCAGCUGUGGAAAUAGUUAGAAUACCACAAUCUGUGACUCCCACGCCGCAAAAUUUGACCAAAAACUACACGCUUCUAGAUGGUAAAGCGGUGGUCGGUUCCAACUUGGAAAUAACGCUCGUCAACCCGAAAACACCUACGCAAAAACGGCCGCCGCAAAAACGGUCCUCGAACGGCAAAUUCACAUCAGCAAAAACGCCAACACCACCGAAAGAUUACCCCAAACCGUUCCCAUCUCCAUCUGGGGUCAAAAAGGCCCCCAUAGUGGUCCCCAACUACCAAAUAUCGCGCGAUGACGUAUCCCCAACCAGUUCAACGGGGUCAAAGGACUCGCAAAACGCGAUGCCAAACAAUUUGCUUACAAAUGUGUUCAAAGGUCAGAAUUUGACCCAAAUGAUGGAUAUGCAAAAGGGCCCCGUCAACCCCUUCAUGGACCCGAUGUAUAUGAACGCGUUCUACAGUAGUUUGGGCCAAAUGGACCAGAGACAAUUGGCCCUGUAUAGGGACUUUAUGGCCAAUCAGUUUAGGGGUUACUCGGGCCUUUUGAACAUUGGAACGCCGACAACGAAAAAUUAGUGUGCUCUAGUCGGUUAAGUCGGAUUUGCGUUAUGAAGUGUGUUCUUAUUCUGUUUUUUGCGCGGCUUUGUUAUUUAACUGUUUUAAAACGAGAUUUAAAACCGGUUUCACAAUUUGCUACUAAUGUUUUACCAUUUUUAACACUUUUUGUACAUUGUCUGUCAUUUUGACAGAACUAAAUAUGACAUGUAGGAGUUGUGAAACCGGCCGUAAAUGUCUUAUAGAGAAUGUGUUAUGUGUUAUUAUUAUCCAAACAGGGAGUUGAGUUUCUUAAAUUUCCAUUUUAAUUGAAAAUUUGUUUUUAUUUUACGAAAUAUUAUGCUAAUAAUAACAAUUGUAUUUCUAUUAUUUAUGGAUGUUUUUUUAAUAUCUGUUUAAUUUUACUUUUAUCGAAUUGCUAAAUGGCGGCAAAAUAGGGAUUAAUUGAAAAUACUUACUUUUAUCCAUCCCUUAUUUUAAUUGAUUAUGAAAUAUGAAUUGCAUGAAAAAUAAUUUUAAAAAUUGGCACAUUUUAAUUUGCGAUUAUUAAAUUUUAUUUUUUUAUUUGAGAUUUUUUUUUAAUAAUAUUAAUGGUUGUUUAUUUUGUUUUAAUCACUUUUGUGUCAAAUGUCUUGGCAGCUAUUAUAUAACUAAUUUUAUUUCUUAUAUUAUGUAUAUAUUAAAAAUUCAUAGCGCAAAUCGUAAAUGUGAUAAUAUGUCAACGUGUGUUCCGAUCUCUCGUUAAUUUCCAAUUUUAUUUAGUGUUUCAUCUAAUUCGAUAUAGUAUUCCAUUUUUGUAAAUAUAAUGUAAAAAACGGUAUUUUUUCCUUGUAACUGCCAAAAAAUGUGACGUAACAACGGUUUCAAAAUGGCCGAUAGUCCAAUUUGAAUUAGGAAUUGAUAUGGCCGUCUCUUUCGCACGGAUUUCGUGUGACAGGGACAGCGCUACGUCACGUGAUAGGCGGAAUUUAGUUGAAUUAUUAGUUAGGAUAAAAUAAUGUUGUUUCUAGGGUAAUUUUUUAAAUUCGCAACUGUAUAUAUUGCAUCGAUGUCCGUUGGAAUCGAAACUGUUCGACGGACUGAAGCAAAUACGUCAGUAAGUUCACUGUACAAAAUUAAAGUUAUGAAAAGUA